AUUGAAGGAAAUGGAGCAGCAAACAAGCGGAAUUCUUCAAAAUCAAACAAGAAUAAGUCGCGAAAUAAAAAGGAAGCUGCAGUUAUUCUUGAAGGUCCUGUUUGUGAAGUUGUAGAUAAUGCAAAUCUUGACACAACUAAAUCUGAUGAAUCUGUAAAACGUCAGCGGUCUUCAAAUACGAAUCGAAGACAACAAGCAAAAAAUAAAGCUGCAAAUCAGCAAGUUGUUGCUACAGUAAAAGAAAAUGGCAGUGAAACUGAAAUUCAACAGCAACAGCAACAGCAGCAAUUGCAACAGCAACAGCAACCAAGAAAGGUGGUUAAUGCUGAAAAGGAUAAGAAAAUACGAGUUGUUGCUAAAAAGUUAUCUGACAUUAAGAAACUUAAAGCUCGUCAAGAGCAAGGUGAAACCCUCGAAAUAAAUCAACUGAACAAAAUAUCUAUGGAAGGUAAAUUGCUUGAGGAAUUGAAGUCUUUGAAGUUAUCUGCUUAGAUUUACUUACAAGGACCUGUGGGAGCAAUUCUGUCAUUUGGCAUGAUUAACGCUCAAUUAAAUUUGUAGUGUUUAUGUGGUUUGGCGUCCAGCGUUUUCCAUUGUUUUAAAAAUUCAAAAUUAUCAUUGGUAAAUUUUCGUUUGAGUUUUGAUAUAUAUUUUGUAUGUUAAAUUAAUUUUUUUUUACUUAUAAAUUUGUAACAAAAUUAAACUAUUGUGAUUUGUGAACCAUCAGGAAUAAGCCACUAAAGAAUUAAUAAAAGUAAAUUAUUUAAUUAUAA